UGUGCGGGGGCAUUCAGCUCUAACGCUCUAACGUUUCGUGCUGCUGAUCAAUACGGCAGUUUAAAUGCAACGCUGAACGUAGGAAUGUCGCAAAUGCUGCAACUGGAUGCGCUGGUCACCAUGUUGGCCUGCCUGAGCACCACACACAUUGAGCCUGCUGGACAGCUUCUACCUGCGGAUAAUGCUACCACGAGCAGCUGUACGCUGGACACGCUCAGCGGCUUCAACACACGCAUUCAGCUGCUGUCCACAGAGAUUGCGGCGGCCAAGAAAAUGCUGGGCAGCCUACAGGAGCAGCUGGUCGAUCUGCAGCGCGAUCAAAAAACGACAGCGCCUGUUAGCUUUGGUUCGCGCAUCAAUCUGGACUUGUUGCCAGCGCCAGCGUUGGGAGCAGCUGCCGCAGCGCCCGUUGCUUACAGCACGCCACAGAGUUGUGUGAAGCAGCAACAUGGAGUGGUGCGCAUACGGCCACGCAACAAUGCGGAGCCGUUCUUUGUGUUCUGCGAUCAGAAGACACGCGGCGGGGGUUGGACUGUGGUGGCGAAUCGCUAUGACGGCACCGAGGACUUCAAUCGCAAGUGGGUGGACUAUAAGAUUGGCUUUGGUCCGCUGACGCUGGAGUUCUUCAUUGGGCUGGAAAAGCUGCAUCAGCUGAGCAACAGCGAAGACUGUGAGCUGCUGGUGCAGCUGGAGAAUCGCAAGCAGGAGCAGCGCUAUGCGCUCUAUGAUCACUUCAGCAUUGGCGGCGAGGCGGAGCAGUAUCGCCUGAAUGUGUUGGGCAAGUAUCAAGGCGAUGCCAGCGAUGCACUGCGUCAGCAUACGGGCAAGAAGUUCAGCACACAGGACAGAGACAACGAUGAGAGUAAGAGCAACUGCGCUACGUCGCAGUCGGCGGCAUUCUGGUAUGGCAAUGCCUGCAAUCAAAGCAAUCCUUUUGGUCUUUAUCAGCGGCUGCUCGAGCGUGAUGUGGAUGGCUAUAAGGGCAUACUAUGGCGUGGUUUUCUCGAUGGCCCCAAGGGAUCGCUGAAGCGCAUGCGAUUGCUCUUGCGUCCACGCGCCAGCAGUUGAUUCAAUAGCAACACAAACAGCUACCAACACACAUAUUCAUAUAUAUAUAUUUUUUAUACAACACAUGAGCCCUUA